CUGCCGCGGCGACGCCGACGAGCCCGCGCGCGCGGCGCCGCCGCUGGCUCCGUUCCCUUCCCCUCCCCCUCCCCGCCGCCCUCGCUCUCCCCCGGGCGGCCGGAGACGGCGGCGGCGUCUGCGGGAAGCCGUGUGUCUCCGCAGUGACGUGGGCGGGCCGAGGGCUGGUGACGUCAGAGGGCUGUGUGUAGCGAUGUGUGUGGGGUUCGGAGCGGCGCCGGCACAGCCGAAGGGAGCGGGCGAACGGCGGCGGCGGGCACAGAUUAAUUAAAAGAAGAAUGAACUAUAAUCUUGGAAGAUAACUGGGCAAUUUUUUGUUAAGUAUCAUUGUUGAUUGUAGAAGUUCAAGAAGUCAGAGGCUGCUUUUACUGGUGUGAGGAUUUACACACGUCUUCAGUUUUUCAGCACAGACCAGCAGACCAUCAUUUUUAGAGGAAAUACUCCCUCUGCCCUCCUUUUUGAUUUUCUUAGUGGUAAAGAUUUAAAUUGGGUUGCAUCAUUUUGACUUGUGUUUGAGUCCAGAUUUUAUGGCCCAAGGAAUGGCAUAAACUUUUCAUGUGUUUGCUUAUAACAAACGAAACCAAGCCAUUGCAUUGAUCCUGGACAUCUUGAAUUGAGAAAUUGGUAACUUUAUUUUGAUAUGUAUUUCUGAAAAUUCAAGAAAACAAAGCAUCCUCAGAGGUGUGCCUCUUCUUUAUUAUUGGAGGCAAAACGAACAAUUUAAUAGGCUUUGUAGUGAAAUUACGCCAGAUUAUAAGGAGAACCAAAACUAAGUAUUGAGUAAUUUAAGGGGAUCUCUCUUUAGAAAGUUUUUGUGAAAGUAAGUUACCAUAAGUAUUUGUAUACAUUCAUUACUUUCCCCUUUUCAAAUAAGCAACUAAAUAGAAAUGCGAAUCUCAGACUUAAUUGUUUAACAGAGUAGUGUAGCAAUGGAAAACCUCCAGACAAAUUUCUCCUUGGUUCAGGGUUCAACUAAAAAACUGAAUGGGAUGGGAGAUGAUGGCAGCCCCCCAGAGAAAAAAAUGAUGACAGACAUUCAUGCAAGUGGAAAGAUGAUAAACAAGGUGCCAACAGUAAAGAAGGAACACUUGGAUGACUAUGAAGACAUGACAGUGGAAACUGAUGGAGAACAUGUCAAGCGAACCUGUGCUUCCGUUCCUGAAACUUUACGUUUAAAUCCCAGUUUGAAACACACAUUGGCACAAUUCCAUUUAAGUAGUCAGAGCUCUCUAGGUGGACCAGCAGCAUUUUCUGCUCGGUAUUCCCAAGAAAGCAUGUCGCCUACUGUAUUUCUGCCUCUUCCAUCUCCGCAGGUUCUUCCUGGCCCAUUGCUCAUCCCUUCCGAUAGCUCCACAGAACUCACCCAGACUGUGUUGGAAGGGGAAUCUAUUUCUUGUUUUCAAGUUGGAGGAGAAAAGAGGCUCUGUUUGCCCCAAGUCUUAAAUUCUGUUCUCCGAGAAUUUACACUCCAGCAAAUAAAUACAGUGUGUGAUGAACUAUACAUAUAUUGUUCAAGGUGUUCUUCAGACCAGCUUCAUAUCUUAAAGGUACUAGGCAUACUUCCAUUCAAUGCCCCAUCCUGUGGGCUGAUUACAUUAACUGAUGCACAAAGAUUAUGUAAUGCUUUAUUGCGGCCACGAACUUUUCCUCAAAAUGGUAGCAUACUUCCUGCUAAAAACUCAUUGGCCCGGUUAAAGGAAACUGGCAGUGCCUUUGAAGUGGAACAUGAAUGUUUGGGCAAAUGUCAGGGACUGUUUGCACCCCAGUUUUAUGUUCAGCCUGAUGCUCCAUGUAUUCAGUGUUUGGAGUGUUGUGGAAUGUUUGCACCCCAGACGUUUGUGAUGCAUUCUCACCGAUCACCUGACAAAAGAACUUGCCACUGGGGCUUUGAAUCGGCUAAAUGGCAUUGCUAUCUUCAUGUGAACCAAAAAUACUUAGGAACACCUGAAGAAAAGAAACUGAAGAUAAUUUUAGAAGAAAUGAAGGAGAAAUUUAGCAUGAGAAGUGGAAAGAGAAAUCAAUCCAAGACAGAUGCACCAUCAGGAAUGGAAUUACAGUCAUGGUAUCCUGUUAUAAAGCAGGAAGGUGACCAUGUUUCUCAGACACAUUCAUUUUUACAUCCCAGCUACUACUUAUACAUGUGUGAUAAAGUGGUUGCCCCCAAUGUGUCGCUUACUUCUGCUGUAUCCCAGUCUAAAGAGCUCACAAAGACAGAGGCAAGUAAGUCCAUAUCAAGACAGUCAGAGAAGGCUCACAGUAGUGGUAAACAUCAAAAAACGGUGUCUUAUCCAGAUGUCUCACUUGAGGAACAGGAGAAAAUGGAUUUAAAAACAAGUAAAGAAUUAUGUAGCCGUUUAGAUGCAUCAGUCUCAAAUAAUUCUACAAGUAAAAGGAAAUCUGAGUCUACCACUUGCAACUUAGUCAGAGACAUAAGCAGAGUGGGAAUUGGUCAUGAUGCUGCUACUGCAUCUCCACUUCUUCUGGAAGAUGUCUUUUGUGAGGAUGAUAAGGGAAAAAUGAUGGAAGAAGUAAUGAGAAUUUAUGUAAAACAGCAGGAAAAACUAAACUUGAUUUUGCAAAAGAAGCAACAACUUCAGAUGGAAGUAGAAAUACUGAGUAGUUCAAAAUCUAUGAAGGAACUCACUGAAGAACAGCAGAAUUUAGAGAAAGAGCUUGAAUCUUUGCAGAAUGAACAUGCUCAAAGAAUGGAAGAAUUUUAUGUUGAACAGAAAGACUUAGAGAAAAAAUUGGAGCAGGCAAUGAAGCAAAAAUGUACCUGUGACUCAAAUUUAGAAAAAGACAAAGAGGCUGAAUAUGCAGCACAGUUGGCAGAACUGAGGCAGAGACUGGACCAUGCAGAGGCCGAUAGGCAUGAUCUCCAAGAUGAACUCAGACAGGAGCGGGAAGCAAGACAGAAGUUAGAGAUGAUGAUAAAAGAGCUAAAGCUGCAAAUUCUGAAAUCAUCAAAGACUGCUAAGAAUUAGAAACGAAUCUUCUCAAGGAGGAGCAAAUAUUAAAAUGAUAUGCAGAAGCAAAUUUUGAAUUAUUUGUGUCAUAGCUCAGCUGAGUUUUGGAAGACAAACUCAAGCACCUAUAAUUUCAUUGAUAUUUCUAAUUUACUCAGAACCUUUCUGCUUUAUGUUACCUAGUAAAUGAUAAACUAAUUUGUUUCAACCCAAAACUUCUAAAAUAAAUUGCUUAAUCCUUGAAAUAUGUUAUUUAAAAAUUCUUAGCAGUGCUUAAACACCAUUAAAUUAUUAUAAACUUGUAAGUCAGAAUUGAGUAAGAAAUAUUUUUUUGUAGUCCUUCACAUAAUGAAAAGUUGCCACAUGACUUUGUAUAGUCUUCAUUUUUCAGAAGAUGCAUUGAUGUGCCAUAGGUUUCUGUCUAACUUCCUUGAAAAUAGUUUUUUAAGUCAAUUGUAAAUAUACAUAUUAUUAAAAGUAACUUUAAACUGCACCAUAUAGCUUGAAAACAAUAUAGAGAUUUUGUAAUACCUUAUAAGUGGCCUCUGCUAAAAUCUUAUCCAUAUAAAACUUAUUCUGUUCUUUGCAUGCUUAUUUUGUGUGUUGGUUGUUAGCUUAAUGUUUGAUUUGUUGUUAGUUUUUGUGUGCCAAAUUCACCAGGCAAACAGAUUUUUCCUCAGACUUCAAAAAA